AUGAGUGUGCUUCACUUCUCAACCCUUCUGGCAGUCGCACUUCUAGCGCGGGCUCAGACGCAGCUUUUGCGGGGCUCUUGUAGUUUUGAGACAGACAGCUGCGGAUACACGUCUGAUCCCACUUUUGCUGCCUGGACCAUCAACGAGGAAGGCCGCUUCAUUACAGCAGAUUCCUCAUAUUUUGGUGAGAACAAAAAGUAUGUCCUGGUCAGCCCGGAGCUGGAGCUCAGAGACUGGAGCUGUGUGCGGUUGGUCUAUCAGAUCUCAGGCUCAGGCUCUCUUCAACUGCACUUACGACCUGAGGGUGAGAACUUUGACUACACGUUAUGGACUGCAGAGAAACCCUCAGACAGUUGGCUCAUUGCCAGCGUGGACCUCCGUAAUAUGACUGGGGCUAACCAGCUAUUAUUUAAGGCUAAAACAAGCAGAGGAAUGGGAAAUAGCAUUGCACUUUUUGAAAUACACAUCAUCCCUGGAUACUGCCUAGAGUGUAACUUUGAGGAGCAUCACUUGUGUGGCUACAGUAAUCAGUGGAAUCCCAAUGUGAACUGGUAUGUGGGUGGGAGUUUGGCAAGGGACCCUCAGUCAAAUCUUCCAGAUGACCACACCAUGAACAAUGAGAGAGGUCACUACAUGUAUGUAGACUCAGUUUAUGCUAAAAGGUUCCAGGAGGUGGCCAAGUUGGUGUCGCCAAUGACUAUCACUUCAAUGGCAGGAUGCUUGUCCUUUUACUAUCAAAGGGACCAAGCUGUUGGGAAUUUCUUCUCAGUCUUUACUAAGGACCAGCUGGGCCAAUAUGAAGAGAUAUGGAGGCCUGAUGUGUAUGCAACAACAAACUGGAAGUUAGUGCAAGUGGAUAUUAAAGCACCACAUUCUUUAGAGGUGGUGUUUGAGGUGGCGUUCAACAGUCCUCGUGGUGGCUAUGUUGCUCUGGAUGACAUUUCUUUCUCCCCAGAGUUUUGCCACAAAGAGACAGAGCCAGCGUUUGAUCCCUCUGUGGCAAACUGUGACUUUGAGGAGGGCCUGUGUCAGUAUUAUCAGGAACAGACCGGAGGUUCAGUGUGGAACAGGGUCUCUGUGAAACCAAAUAUUUACCGCAUCAGUGAUCACACUACAGGCACUGGGUCUUUUCUCCUGGCCAACACUCGUUAUACCUCUCGUCCAGGGUAUGUGGGUCGUCUUUUUGGACCGUCCCUACCAGGGAACCAUAAAUACUGCCUCAGGUUCUACUAUGCCCUGCAUGGCUUCAUGAAAAUAGAUAAUGCUCUGGCUCUCUAUGUCUAUGAUGAAAAAAACAUAGCUCAGGAGAAAAUCUGGACUGUGUCUGAGAGGUCUAAAGAUGUUUGGACAGAGGUGGAAGUCACUUACCUAAAGCCCAUGCCUACUAAGGUAGCGUUUGUCAGCAUCUGCAGAAACUUCUGGGACUGUGGGCUUGUGUCUCUCGAUGACAUCUCAGUGACCCUUGGAGACUGUCGGGUUACUACAGGACCUUUGAAUCCACCUCCUGGACAUUGUAGCUUUGAAACUGGGGACUGCGGCUAUACCCAGAAAAAGAAAGCUAAGAAAGGACAUUGGUUACGGAUCAGGGGACAGACCCCCACAUCUUACACAGGACCCCAGGGGGACCACACCUUAGGGGUAGGCUACUACAUGUACAUUGAGGCGUCUCACAUGUUACCCAAGCAGUCGACCGGGCUCAUGUCCACUGAGCUGAGGGGUUCAACCGGACCUCAUUGUCUGAUCUUCUUCUACCACAUGUAUGGCUCAGGCACAGGAACUCUGAACGUCCUGCUGCAUAAGGGGGACAGGGAGAGAUUGCUUUGGACAAGACAAGGAGAACAAAGUGUGUCCUGGAUGAAGGCCACGGUGGAUUAUGAGUGUUACACAAGGCACUGGAUUAUAUUUGAAGCUGUCAGAGGAUCCUCAAUAAGGAGUGACAUUGCAAUUGAUGAUGUUGUGUUUAAAAAGGGACCGUGCAAAGAUCCUGGAGACAGCAUCCCAUACUCAGGAUUUUUUGAAAAUUUGAAUGAAAUUGAAUACUGAGUGAGGCCCAGGAAUGCUGAUAUGUGUUUGUUUUUAUUUGUGUGUCACUGGGGAAGGGGAGACU